AAGGCUGAUUCCAGGUCAGUGUGCUGCUUUACAGCGGUGAAGACAGAGAACAAGUGGAUUACAGCGAUCAGACACCGAGCCGAGCGCCUUUCCUGACACCGGCUGCUGGUUUACAUUUCAGCAGCUGGUCAAAAGCCUCUCUGGAGCUCAGAUUUGGACUUUACAUCAAGCUUGAGGCUCUUCAUGGUCACGUGCAGGACUGCUUUGAUGUUAUGGGAGACCCCAAAACAGAGGAGGCCGCCAGGGUCUGGUCUGAAAGCACAGACGCCAUCGUCAACCCUGACCUGUCUGUUUCUGAUGAGAACCAGAACAGGCUGAAGGAGACAGAACCUGCAGACUGGGGAGCAGCGAAACAGGACAUGAUGAGUAACAACCCAGAAGAAAAACCCGAGAAUGAAAUCACAAAGCUCUCCUUAGAUGGAAGUCAUUUCUGUAGGGCUCCUGGCCCCAGCCCCUCUUUGCUGGCUGCCCUGCGCUCAUUGGGUGAACACAGUGAUCACAUGCUUCUGCCCCACUCCUUACACCAGAUCGCAGAAGCGUACUUCCUCGAAGAGGACUCAGACACAUGGGCCGUUCAGUUUCUGCGUUUGGAGCGGCUGUACCACGAGAGACUGCUCUCCAACUUGGCCUCCCUGCAGCAAGAGUGGGAAUCCCAGUGGAAGGCUGACGCUCAGGCCAAUAACGACACCCCUGUGAAAACAGAUGGCACUGAUGCGGAGUCAAAGUCCAUGGACUCUCUGAGCCACAUCUGCAGGACACACCAGAGACCUAAUCGCACUAUGGAAAAGGAUGUGGUUGACCUGAUGCUGAAAAACAGCCCAAAGCAAGUUCUAGUGAACAGCACGAAAGUUCAGGAGAUGACUAGCAGAACCUUCGCCAAGACAGACGACGCCCUGCGGCCACAUACUGAACCACAGGAGGGGGAGGAUGAAGGAGAGAAUGAGGAGGAGGAGGAGGAGGAUGAAGAAGAGGAUGUAGAAGAGGUUCUGAUGGAUAAGGGUUUGGUGGAAGAGGUCCAGGGGGAGGAGGAGGAGGCCAGAGGAGAACCACUGCGGGGGGAAGAGCUGGCUAAACUCAUCGAAGUUGAAGAGAUGUUUCCUUCCAAUGGCCUGGUUUCCAUCUUGAAAAAAAGAGCAUGUCAAGAGGAAGAUGAUCCUGCUAACCGCUCUCCAUCAAGAAGCUCCUUCAAACGCAAAGUCCGGUUCAGUGAAAUGGCAGAUGGACUUGAUAAUGAUGAAGUGGGCGGAGCCUCUUGUUUGGUCUUCCUCCUCCUGUGCCUGGUAACUGUGGCGAUCAGCAUGGGCGGGACUGCACUCUACUGCCUACUGGGCGGGGCUUAUUCAAAUGUUUGUGCGGACUUCUCACAAAAUAUGGACUUCUAUUUUGGACCUAUAUGGCGCAGUGUGGACACUAUCAUACACUGGUUUUCUCUCAGCUCAUCGUAGCCCCAUACGUAUGAGCAUAACUAACAUACCAAUACCAUGUUGGUGUUACUAAUGUGCUGAGGACACACAGAUAAUCUGGGCAGUGGUCCUAUGGUGGUCCCAAUGCAUUGAUGGACAUAGUUGAGGGUGUGCAGCAACAGAUGGGCUGCAGUUAAAAGUGCACCUUACUGUAGGUGAAUCCAAUAAAUGGACAAUGAAUGCAGGUACAAGAUACAUGUAGCUAAUAAACCGGCAACUCAGUGUGUUGCACUGCCGUUGAA